GAGGGAGAAACCUCGGACUUGGAGCCUUCGCUUCGCCUUCGGUGUCCGCCUCAGUCCGCCCGAAGCCCCGUGGGGCUUCUCACGGCUCCCCGAAGAGACAAGGAGUAUGUGCAGAAGCUGGAAUGAAUGGGAAGAGGCGGUCGGCAGCGGAAGCCCGAGGCGGGAGUGAGCCCGGAGCAUGUUCAUCUCGGUUUCUCCAAUCCUUCAGGUUCCACCUUCGGCGACGGCGCCCCCCGCCGCAUCCCUGACUUACCUUGUUUGUCCGCCGGUAGGCGCGUCCAAGCAGACCAAGCCUGGUUGAGAAGAGGUGUGUUCAUCAUGGCCCAGGGAUCCAGUGACAUGGAAACUGCUGAUCAAGAGGAGAGUUCUCCAAAUAUGAUUGUUUACCGAAAGAUAGAAGAUAUCAUUACAAGAAUGCAGGAUGACAAAGCAGGUGGAGUGCCCAUCCGCACCGUCAAGAGCUUUCUGUCAAAAAUCCCUAGUGUUGUCACAGGAGCUGACAUAGUGCAGUGGCUUAUGAAGAAUCUCAGUAUUGAAGAUCUAGCUGAAUCAAUACAUCUGGGAAGCCUCAUUGCAGCACAGGGAUAUAUUUUUCCAAUCUCAGAUCACGUUCUGACUUUAAAGGAUGAUGGUACUUUUUAUCGUUUUCAGGCUCCAUACUUCUGGCCUUCAAAUUGUUGGGAACCAGAAAACACGGACUAUGCCAUCUAUCUUUGCAAGAGGACCAUGCAGAACAAAGCUAGACUGGAACUGGCAGAUUAUGAAGCAGAGAACUUAGCAAGACUUCAGAGAGCUUUUGCCAGAAAGUGGGAAUUCAUCUUUAUGCAAGCUGAAGCACAAGUCAAAAUUGACAGAAAAAAGGACAAAACAGAAAGGAAGAUUUUGGAUAGUCAAGAAAGAGCUUUCUGGGAUGUCCAUAGGCCGGUGCCGGGCUGUGUGAACACAACAGAGAUGGACAUCAGAAAGUGUCGGCGUAUGAAGAAUCCACAGAGGGUCAAAAAGUCAGUUUAUGGAGUUACAGAAGAUAGUCAGUCCCAAAGUCCUGCACAUAUGCCUUCCCAACCAAUUCGCAAAACAACAAAAGAUGACGUCCGAAAGCAAAUAACAUUUCUGAAUGUUCAGAUAGACAGGCAUUGUUUAAAAAUGUCUAAAGUAGCGGAAAGUUUAAUUGCUUAUUCAGAUCAGUACAUUGAUUAUGACCCCUUUAUAACUCCUGCGGAACCUUCCAAUCCCUGGAUAAAUGAUGACUCUGUGUUUUGGGACUUAGAAACAAGCAAAGAGCCUUCCCAGCAUCGGGUCAAAAGAUGGGGCUUCUCUAUAGAUGAGGUGUUGAAAGAUCCUGUGGGACGUGACCAGUUUCUUCGAUUUUUGGAAUCGGAAUUCAGUUCUGAAAACCUCAGGUUUUGGUUGGCUGUCCAAGAUCUCAAAAAACAACCAUUGCAAGAUGUAGCUACCAGAGUAGAAGAGAUCUGGCAAGAGUUCCUUGCUCCUGGGGCCCAGAGCGCCAUCAACCUGGACUCUCACAGCUAUGAAAUAACAAGCCAAAACGUCAAAGACCCAGGGAGGUACACAUAUGAAGAUGCACAGGAACAUAUUUACAAGCUGAUGAAGAGUGACAGCUAUGCACGUUUCCUCCGUUCUAAUGCUUACCAAGACUUGUUGCUGGCAAAGAAGAAGCCCGAGAAUGAGCAAGGUCGUAGAACUUCCCUAGAAAAGUUCACUCGCAGUAUGGGAAAGUCACUGGCAGGCAAGCGUCUCACAGGCCUGAUGCAAUCUUCUUGACAGCAUCGUCUGGGCUAGCAGUUGCUGACAUCUCCGAAAGACCGCUGCACUCCACCUCCUCAGCCAAGGAAAGACAUUGGGGGGCAUGCGGGUCACUGCGGGGGUGUGUGUGAAUGAGAGAGCAAAGGAGAGAGCACGUUCAGACAAUGGAAGAAGCAUAGGGAGGGAAAAGACGCCAGGAUGGAGAGCCUGACCCACUGGAGGUUCCUCUUUCUGUAGUUUACAUCAACACUUUUCUUACUUACACAGCUUUGUAAUGGCACUGAGGUCUCUAACGAUAAGACUCUGCUUCUAAUUUGAUUUCAGAGGAACACCAUUGCUGUCUAAAGGAGGCCAAUCCAGGCAGAGAAAGAGAGCGAGAAAGAGCUAUCAGUGUCAUUUAAAGUAGCGCUCCUAGGAGAAAUCUAGGGAAAGAAUGGCUGGUUGAGCUCCGUCUUCAUAAUGCAGGCGCUUUCUCACGCUCCGAGCUGCUACUGCUGCAUGUGCACAGCCGUAUCUAUCCGUCUUACAUGUAUCUAGGUAGAACUAACAUUUCAUUCUGCCGAACAGGAGAUUAAUAGUAAUCUCUGAUUUGACACUAAUGGCUCAGAUCUGGCAUCCUUCCCAAAGCCAGAAGGUUUUCCUUUGUCUGAAAGAAAUGUCAUGUGAUAUAAAUGGUUGCCACUCUAGAGCUCAAAUGCAGAUUUAAAAAUUUAAUCCGAUAA